AUGGGGGGGGGCGGGGGGGCUGGUUUAUGGCCCGGAUUUCGCGGACCAGCCGUAGCCGAAGCUUUCGCCGGACUCACGUUCUGGUUCCCCUUGACACCCGCUCCACGCACGGAGCGCAGCGGCCUCGGGCCCGGGGGCAGGGGAGGGGAGACGGGUGGGCUGCGUGCGGGCUCCCCCAGGCCGGCCCCAGCCCUCGGACACGAGCUCAGCGAGCCCCGGGCCCGCCAGCCCGUUACAGCCCCCGGGGCGCCCCCAGGGGCUGGGGGAAGAGACGCGGCCCCGCUCACCGCCCCCCCUCAGAGCUACCGGGGCGGGGGCCCCGCGCGGCCGCUCCCCCACCCGGAGGAGCCGCUACCGCUCUCACCUGAGGCUCCGGGGCCGGACGAACCGCUCGCGCUAAGGACACGUAGCAACUACACAAGUCACGGCGAGGAACCGGAACCGGAACGAGAAACUGCGCCGGAACUUCCGCCUCCGGCGCUACGCCCCCCUCGCCAGGCCGUCGUCGCCUGCUCCCGGCCGGGAUGUUGGCAGGCCCGGCCCCUCUCUGACGCAGGCGCUCUGAGGCGAUGCGGCAGGCCACGCCCACUCCCUUGCGGGCGGGGAGAGGAUGGGCGUGGCAAGCUGCGCGUGCGCAGAUGGAUGACACCGAGAAACAAAACGGACGGCUUGUCAACUCAGUCUGCCUCAGCUUCAGCGGGAUGGAUCCAGACCCUCUAUUGUGAUGUUGGAAUCUCACAGGAGGAACUCAGAUCAGACAUGAUACUCAGCUGUGCAGAGAAACACAGUGAACCAGGGCUCCACACCAGGAGGAAGUAAGAAGUCCUCUCUCUAGUCUGUCCCGACUGCCCCCUCCCCAUAGCAGUGGAAUCAUAGUCGUUUCAGGCUGUCAUUGCAGAG